UCUCCCCGCGACCCCUUCGGUCUUUGCGGGCUGUGAGGCGGCCCCGCGCCUGAGGGAGGCUGGAGCGCCGGCUGGGCCCCUCCCGGCCCUGCUGGUGGCGGUGCCCCGGGGCUGCGCUGGGCCGUGGGCCUGCCGGGCCUCCCUGCGGCUGAUGGGCCGCUGGGCCGGGUCUGAGCAUUGCGGGGCUCAGGACAGCGUUAAAACUGGCCCAGGAGGCUGCCCGGCCCUUGGCUGAGUCAUGGGGGUGUUGUCCUGGUGCUGGAGCUCUAAUUUACAAACGCAGAGUCCCCGGGAUGGUUUGGGUUGGAAGGGACCUUAAAGCCCAUCCCCUGCCCUGGGCAGGGACACCUCCCACCAGCCCAGAUUGCUCCAAGAGGCUUUCUCUCCUGGGUGGAACGGCAGUCGUUCUUUGGCAGGUUGGAACGUCCUAAAGUUUAGGUGUACUGGGAUUUUCCUGCUUGUGUUUUUGUCUGGUAGUUGUUUCUGUCACCAGCAGGUGGCUUUGUACCCAUUUCUGGGCACAUUUGUACCCAUUUCUGGGCACAUUUGUACCCAUUUCUGGGCACAUUUGUACCCAUUUCUGGGCACAUUUGUACCCCUUUCUGGGCACAUUUAUACCCAUUUCUGGGUGCUGUUGGUGUCUCAGCUCAGCACUCGGGUUGUAAUGGCCCCAAAGCAGAAAGUCUGAGAUGUGGUUAAAAUCCUUUGGUCUGAACAGCCUGAACAAAGAGAGUUCAGUUCUUCUGCAGAGAUUCCUGAUUCUCUGGCAAGGAGUUGGAUUCCUCAGGUAUGAGCAGCCCUGUCUUGGGAUGUGGCUGCAGAGCUCACACUGAGCAUCUCAGCAGGACCUUCCCCACCUUUCCACGAAGGGAAUUGGGUCCAGGGUGGACACCAGCAACAUAAAUAAAGAAUGGUUUUGCAUAAAUUACAACAUCCUGCUCUUGGGAGUCCUUUCUUGCCUUUUAGCUGAGCUGCAAGGCCCACCAGCAGCUGGAGCCCUGGAUGGAAGGUGUCCUGGAGCAUGGAAGGUGUCCUGGAGCCUGGCAGCACUGGCAGCUGGAUAUGUCCCCGUUCACAAGCACUUCUUGAGUUCAGUUCAUGUCGGUUGUGGCAAAUUGGGGUGCCUGACGUGCCACAGAUAAGGAACUGCCCCUUGCCGACGCCUCCUGGGCUUUUUAUCUCCCUUUGAGUUUUUAUUCCUGCCCCCCAAAAACCUCCUUCGCUAUCUGUUUGAGGUUACUGGAACAUUUUUAUAGGGAAAAAGCGAAUAUCAAAGUGUUUGUGGCCGAUGUAGCCGAGUGCACGAUGUCUUCCAAGUACCUCAACUUCCGAAACAGCGUUCCCUGGGUGAUCCUGCUGCUGGAAGCUCUUUUCCUCGUCCGCUCUUACUUCCUCUUCUUAAGGCUUGAUGGUCUGGACUCGCUGCUCAGCUCCUACCCAGAAUUUCAAGAUGUCAACCACAUGGUGAUUUUUGGAUUUGGCUUUUUCCUGAUGGUUCUGAGAAGAUAUGGGUUUAGCAGCACUGGAUUCAACCUCCUGAUCAUUGUGCUUGGUGUCCAAUGCUCUGUGUUGGUAGAAGAUUUAUUAGUUUUCUUUUAUCUAGAGGCAAACGAAGGUAUUCUGAAAAGCAUAGCAAAGGCUCUUAUCAGCAUGACAGCUGUGGCCAUCUCCACUGGAGCUGUUCUUGGGAAGACUAACCUCCUGCAGUUAAUUGUGAUGACUCUUGUGGAAUUAAUAGUCUUCUGUGUGAGCAGAUGGAUCAACAGGAGAUACCUGGAGGUGGGAGAUCACCUCAGCCUGAUGCACGUGUACCUUUUUGGAGCCUACUUUGGGCUGGCAGCCACCUCCUGUUUCCCUGAGCCCUCCCCAAAGCUGGACAAGAACAGGAGCACCCCAAAGUCAGACUUGUUCUCGAUGCUGGGCUCUGUCUUCCUCUGGGUGUUCUGGCCAAGCUUCAACUCCCUGCUCGCUCAGUCCAGGAGCCAGGCAGUCCUCAACACCUACUUUGCCCUUGCAGUGAGUGCUGUAACUGCCUUCAUGUUGUCUGCUCUGACCUCAAAGGAUGGGAAAUUCAGAAUGACUCAUAUCCACAGUGCAGCGCUGGCUGGGGGGGUCACCAUCAGUUUUACAGCACAGAUGAUCAGCCAUCCUUGGAUUGCCAUGAUUUUGGGGCUGCUUGGCAGUGCCAUCACCGUAUUAGGAUCUCACUGUUUACAGAGAUGCUUGAAUCCUCCUCUCAAAAUUCAUGAUACCUCUGGAGUUCAUUUCACCUUUGGCCUGCCUGCUGUGCUUGGAGCUCUUGCCCAGGUUGUUCUCUUAGUCAUAAGAGAAUGGACUAAUUCAUCAAGUCUGGGUUAUUUGGUCCUCCUUCACGUUGGUGCCUUCUGCCAGACCAUCAGCCUUGCCUUGAUAACAGGUUUUAUCACAGGUUUUAUCUUAAACACCAGACUGCUUAAGAUCAUCCCUGUAUCCAAGUACUUCGAAGACCAGUUUUAUUGGGAGUUUCCCCAUUUGGCUGUGGAAUUUUGAGUGGAAGAUCCCAGCUGAACCAAGAUAAGGUUUUCCUCUUUGUCAAUAGAGAAAAUGAGUAGUUAUGAUGGGUUGAAAGAGCACUGAAAUACCAGUUCCCAGGCCCACAAAAGCCAUCCCAAUGGAGACACAAAAAAUUAGUAUUAAACUAGUUAUUCUCACAAGGUACUGAGUGUAAAUUCACAGAUGCAAAAUGCAAACUUGCAUUUAGCUUUUCUGCUUUGUUGGUCUUACCUUAAAUAAGAUAUGUACAAAAAAGUUGACUGCAGUCAUGGCUGUAAUGGCUUGUCAAUCCAAAUGCUUGAAAACUUUAAACUCUUUUCAGCUCCCAAGUUUUAAAAAAAAGCCAAAACGAUGUAUUUCAAAGAGUAAUUUUUCAAGAAGCACUUCUUAUCUAGAAAAGUACUCAAGUAUGUGUUUUUAAGCUAAAUUGAUUCUCUUGAAGGCCUUGUUAAGCAAGGAUUUGAUGAGAGAGCUGGAUCUGGGCCAAACUCUGCAUCCUGCCAGACUGAACUCCUUGAGUUCCCUGACUGCUUAGAGACAAAUCUGUCAUUACUUGGCUCGGGCUACUUGGAAGUUCAGAUGGCAAGAAGUUUAAUUGUUCUGCUUGUGGAUUUCAGGUGCCCCUGAAAUCAAUUUGGCAUUUGCUGCCAAAUCUAAAAUAAGAGUAGACCUCAGUGUCUGUGCAGGGACAGCCUGUACCACCACAGGGUCAGCUGCCACCUGAGGGGACUGAGGGAAUAAUCCUCAGAGCUGCCUGAAACCAGUGCCAAGACCCAAUUUUGGAAGAGUCUCAUUCCAAGACAAGCAGGGGACUCUGGGGCCUAAUCACACAGAGGAUUCUCUGUGCAAGUGAACCCUUGUUUAUGGGUGGAUUGUGGAUCCUCGGUGUUUUUCCUUCAUUUCCAAAAUAGCUGACACAGAAAAAAAACCUCUUUCCAAAAUGCUUACCUAAUAAAGAAGUGAAAAUGUGCUUGUUUUUGUUUAUUGAGCAGGCUUGUUAAAAAUGAAUGAGGAAACACGUGACAGUGAGGACCAGGCUGCUCUUUGAUGCUCACUGACCUCAUUCAUUCGUGAGGUGUUGAGCAAAGCAGAUCACUGCAGUUACAGAAGGGAGACAGGUCCCAAGCCAUGACAAAUUACUUGCAGAGGAAGGGCCAGUUUUAUUUCUAGGUCACAAAAGAGGCAGUGAUGUGCUGAGUUAAUGAGCUGCCCACAGCUUCCACCAGCCUGGACACACAGAGUGUUACCUCACAGUUAACCCACCAUGUGAGUAGCAUCUGAUCCAGGCCCAGCUUGUGUUCUUCCCUUUCUCAACCUCCCAGGAACCAACCAAACAUAACCUGUGCAACACAAACGGCUGUUUUCUGUCUGUAAAUGACUAAUAUUUUAUUCCUCCUCAUUGAUUUCCUGAGCAACCAGCCUGGGUGAAUGCACAGGAAGGGGCAGGCACAGGAUCAGAACUCUCCCUGUCCAAGCAGUACUUUUUUCCAGGGAAUUCCAUCUGAAGAGUGCUCUUCCUUUUCUCCCACAGUGGUUAGAAAACAGCUGAGCACAAGCUUUGUGGGUGAGCUACUUCCAUCUCGAGCCACUAUUUAAUUUGUGCCUCUCCAGUGUCACCCACAGCAACAGGAAGUUAUGACUUACCAGAGAUUUCCU